CGGUCCGUCCGCAAAUGCGUCCUUCCGAGGAGCGAUUAGAGUGGUGCAAAUUCAUCUCAUGCAUUCAUCUCAGAUUCAUAUAGCGUCCGGCUCGACAUUCUGACACGACAACCGAGAGCUGAAAUCGUCGUUUUUUAAUAUCCUUUAAACAGAGACCAGACUUUCGUCGAUUUAAGGCGAUCGAGCGCCGCUGGGAAGGUUUAUUCGCGUUUCAUCAGCGCUAUGGCGGAGGUACCAGGUACAUCGAGUGAGACGAUAACGGAGACCGUUCAGACGGGCACACCGCCUCCACCCCAGCAGGAGGGCAGAAGCCUGACCAUCAAGCUCAGGAAAAGGAAGACGGAGAAGAAAGUGGAGUGGUCCAGUGACACGGUGGACAAUGAACAUCUGGGCCGGAGGUCUUCAAAGUGUUGCUGUAUUUACGAGAAGCCUCGACAGUUCGGCGAAUCUUCCUCGGAAAGCGAAGGGGAUGACGAGGAGGGCUGCGGGAGUGCGCACUGCAUUCUGGGACAUGGGAGAAGAGGCCAUGGACAAAGGGAGGGUGGAGGGAGCACAGCGCCCCCUAGCUCUGGGGGAACAAACCCUCACUAGAAGAUAACGCGAAUGGGAUAUCCGGUGUGGAGGGAAGGGUAACGGACGGCGUGGGCACUACAUUCAUAAUCCCUCAUCCUCACUCACACUCAUUACAUCACACCAUCACUGGGUGUCAAAAGCUUUUUGAUGAAUGAAAGCUUGUAGAGCAAUGCAAUGUGAUUGGUUUUCUCCUCCGUCGUUAGUUUGACGGCUCAGAGAAGGCUAAACCUUUUUUGCGAUCUGAAUGCUGCGGAAAAAAUUGAUGUUUGUUGUACAUAGGACAUUGGUUUUUAUUUCUUUUGUAAAAUCUAUAUUUAUUUGUUUGCGUUUAACAACAUUGAUCUUACCGGUUUGUGUCCACAUUUUAGUAAACAGUUUAAAAACCUCAAAAUAUGAUUCAGACGGGCUUCUAGUUCAAAUCAAGCGGAAUAAAUGCAGUAUAAAAAAGGAAUUUUAUAUCAAACAUAAUUUGCCUUGCGGUGUCACGAUUCUAGCAGCAGUAUUUCUUCAUAUCACUUGAGAAACUUCAAGCGUAAUAUGUGUUGUGUGCUUUAGUGAUUUUAAAAAAGACAAUUUCAGGAACUCAACCCCUUUGGGCACAUUAAAUCAUCUCCAUUAGCCGUCAUAAGUUUGAUUGAGUUAUAUUGAGACUUCCUUCAGACAAUCAGACUAGUAAGAGACUCAGCAUGUAUGUGCAAAGACAUUGAGGUGUUUAUAUACUUAGUGAAGUGGACUGAGAAACAUCUGUGAUGCUGUACUUCAUUCUAAAAGGGAGGUGAGAGCGUCACCUGGAUCAUUACAAAAAACGGACCGAAAUUAAACAGAAGCAGUGAAAUUAAUGAAACAGUUUGACCAAAUAUGAAUGUUUGCUAGAAAUGUACUCAAAACAUGUAGAUGACUUUGUUUCUUCAUCAGAACAGAUUUGCUCACCAGUGGAUCCUCUGAAGUGAAUGGGUGCCAUCUGAAUGAGAGUCCAAACAGCUGAUAAAAACAUCACAAAAAUCCCCAAGUAAUUCAUACAACUCCAGUCCGUCAUUUAAUGUCUUGUGAUGUCAAAAGCUUUGCGUUUCUAAGAAACAAAUCCAUCAGGACUUCUUUUUUUUUAACUUCAAACCGUUCCUUACGGCUAAAAUACGAGGCCAUAAUCCGUAAUAUUGCCACUGAAAAAGUUAUUUUGUCUGAAUCAGGAGCAAAAUAUGCACAGAUCAAGCACCAUUUACAAGCAAAAUCUCGUUCUAAACAAAUGUGUCUUUUAAUGUAAGAGGACAACAGGAGAAGGACGUUUUCAUUGGAUGAAUUGUUAUCAUGAAUUAUAGACUAAUAUUUUGGAAAAAAGUGAUGGUUUAAAGUUAAAACACUAACUAAUAAUGGAUUUGUUUCUUAGAAACACAAAUCUUUUCACUUCAGAAGAUGUUAAUUAAUGGACUGGACUGGUGUGGAUUAUUGAGAUGUUUUUAUCAGCUGUUUGGACUCUCAUUCUGACGGCACCCAUUCACUGCAAAGGAUCCAUUUGUGAGCAAGUGAUGUAAUGCUACGUUUUUCCAAACCUCUUCUGAUGAAGAAACACUCAUUUACAUCUUGGAUGGUCUGAGGGUGAGUACAUUUCAAGCAAAUGUUCAUUUCUGGAUGAACUAUUCUUUUAAAAAGUAGGAUUGAUCUGAAAAUGUGUAGAUUUAGACUAUUUUCCUUUCAUGGUCAUGCCUUACACCAAAUACAGGUAGGAUAUUUUGUGUGUGCUAUAGAUCACCCUGUGACAUGUAAGGUGCCUCAUCUCAUCCUGGGCACUGUGGCUGCUUAUAUUUGACACAAAUUGGUUUAAAAUCCAGCUAUAAGUGGGAGAGGUGCAUGCCGGGAUGUUGUGUAGUAGUUUGACUCGAGCUUUAAGGUGUAAACGGAUUAUAUGUGGUAUAAAGAGCGCUGGAGAGUGCAUGGCUGAAUGCUGGCCAAGACCAAAUGCACAUAGCACCAUUUCUCCUCCGAUGUCACAUACAGUUUACAGUUGAUUCCCAUCAGGACCGUCACUGCAGUCAUCUGCGUCCCAGCAUUCGUCCCUUUACUGUGAAUGCACCUGUAUGUACAUAGCAAAGGUCACAGAGUGGAUUUAACACAAAUAAACAAAUGUUAAAUUAUGUUGUUUAUAUCUAUUAAAUGCUUAAUGGCAACCUGA